GGCUGCCCCGGCCUGGGAGUCUGGAGCCUAGGGUUCCGGGAUUCCUCCCUGCGCGACCUUGGACAAGUCGCUCCUCCUCUCUAGGGCUCAGUUUCCCUGCUGUCAAAUGGGAGAGAUGUUGGAUCCUUCCUUUCUUUGACAGUCCAAAGCACGGGCGGGGCUGGAGGGAGCCUGAGGGAGUGAGAUCCAAACUGCCGUGGCAGGCACCUGCCUGCCUCCGUAGGGGUUAGGCAUCUGUCUUUACUCAAUUUUGCCUUGCUUUUUCUCAGUACAAAUCCGUGACCAGACAGCCCAGGGUCUGGCCAGGUAAACAGUAUGUGAGUGUAGUAAUCAACUGAGAAAUAAAUACUGGCUCCAGGAAAACUUAACCUCAUUCAAAUUGUUUUGCUCAGGGCUCCCAGGAAGAAGUGAAUUUAGGCACCCGCUGCGGUGAUCAAUUCUGUUCUCUGCGCUUGACAGAAUGCUUUGACCUCCAAGCUGUUUUAAAUCUAGUAGAUAAGCCAGAUCCUGUGUUGCCAUAAGCCCUUGGCCCACAUUUAAGUGGGAAUGCAGCUAGCUUGGAUGUCUGAAACUUUGUAGGCGCCUGUGUCUGAAUCCUGAUCACAGGCACCGGGACUACUGAGAGCUCGUCAUCCGUGCAGGAUAGCCACACAGCAAACAUGUUUGCAAAACUGAAGAAGAAAAUUGCAGAAGAGACUGCUGUUGCUCAGAGGUCAGGAGGUGCUACUAGGAUCCCACGGUCUGUGAGCAAGGAAUCAGUUGCCUCAAUGGGAGCUGACUCAGGAGAUGACUUUGCUUCCGAUGGAAGCAGCUCCAGAGAAGAUCUUUCAUCCCAGCUCCUGAGAAGGAAUGAACAGAUACGGAAGUUAGAGGCCAGACUUUCUGACUAUGCUGAACAGGUCCGAAACUUGCAGAAGAUAAAAGAGAAGCUUGAAAUUGCAUUAGAAAAACACCAGGAUUCUUCCAUGCGGAAAUUUCAAGAGCAGAAUGAGACAUUCCAAGCCAACAGAGCUAAAAUGGCAGAAGGACUGGCUUUGGCAUUAGCCAGAAAGGACCAGGAAUGGUCAGAAAAGAUGGAUCAGCUUGAAAAGGAGAAAAGUAUUCUGACAGCCCAGUUACAGGAAAUGAAGAACCAGAGUAUGAAUCUUUUCCAAAGGAGAGAUGAACUGGAUGAAUUAGAGGGGUUCCAGCAGCAGGAACUAAGUAAAAUAAAGCACAUGCUUUUAAAAAAAGAAGAAAGUCUAGGGAAAAUGGAACAAGAAUUGGAGGCACGAACCAGAGAACUUAGUCGUACCCAGGAGGAGUUGAUGAACUCCAGUCAGAUGUCAUCAGACUUAAGCCAGAAGCUAGAAGAAUUGCAGAGACACUACUCAACGCUGGAAGAGCAGAGAGAUCAUGUGAUAGCUUCAAAAACAGGUGCAGAAAGUAAGAUCACAGCCCUGGAACAAAAGGAACAAGAGCUCCAAGCACUCAUUCAGCAGCUUUCCAUUGAUUUGCAAAAGGUCACUGCUGAAACUCAAGAGAAAGAAGACAUUAUCACACAUUUGCAAGAGAAGGUUGCAUCCUUGGAGAAGAGACUAGAACAGAACUUAUCAGGAGAAGAACACGUGCAAGAACUCCUGAAAGAGAAAACACUUGCUGAGCAGAAUUUGGAGGAUACCAGACAACAGCUCUUGGCAGCCAGAAGCAGCCAGGCUAGGGCCAUUAACACCCUGGAGACUCGGGUGAGAGAACUGGAGCAGACCUUGCAGGCCUCUGAGGAGCAGCUCCAGCAGAGCAAGAGCGUCGUGGCUGCCCAGGAAGCUCAGAUACAGGAGCUCGCUGCCGCCAACCAGGAGAGCAGCCGUGUGCAGCAGCAGGCCCUUGCUCUGGAGCAGCAGUUCUUGGAGCGCACCCAGGCGCUAGAAGCCCAGAUCGUGGCCCUGGAGAGAGCGCGGGCAGCUGACCAGACCGCCGCAGAGCAAGGGAUGAGACAACUAGAGCAAGAAAAUGCAGCCCUUAAAGAAAGCAGGAAUGAAUAUGAACGUUCCUUACAAAAUCACCAGUUUGAACUAAAGAAGCUGAAGGAAGAAUGGAGCCAAAGAGAAAUUGUGAGUGUGGCCAUGGCUCAAGCCCUGGAGGAGGUGCGGAAGCAAAGGGAAGAGUUCCAGCAACAGGCAGCUAACCUGACAGCCAUAAUAGAUGAGAAGGAACAGAAUCUGCGGGAAAAAACCGAAGUGCUUCUCCAGAAAGAGCAGGAGAUUCUCCAGCUGGAGCGAGGUCACAACUCUGCCCUGCUGCAGAUACACCAGCUGCAGGCCGAGCUGGAGGCCCUGAGGACCCUGAAGGCGGAGGAGGCUGCAGUGGUCGCAGAGCAGGAGGACCUGCUGAGGCUGCGGGGCCCACUGCAGGCUGAAGCGCUCUCAGUCAAUGAGUCGCAUGUGACCUCGAGGGCCAUGCAGGACCCUGUGUUCCAGCUUCCAACUGCAGGAAGAACACCAAAUGGUGAAGUUGGGGCCAUGGAUCUCACACAGCUACAGAAGGAGAAACAGGACUUGGAGCAGCAACUUCUGGAGAAAAAUAAGACCAUAAAGCAGAUGCAGCAGCGGAUGCUGGAGCUCCGGAAGACUCUGCAGAAGGAGCUGAAAAUCAGACCCGAUAAUGAGCUCUUCGAAGUCCGGGAGAAACCUGGACCUGAGAUGGCAAACAUGGCACCUUCCGUCACGAAUAACGCUGACCUGAUGGAUGCCCGCGAGAUCAACUUUGAGUACCUUAAACAUGUGGUUUUAAAAUUCAUGUCCUGUCGCGAAUCCGAGGCUUUUCAUCUUAUAAAAGCUGUGUCAGUGUUGCUGAACUUUUCCCAAGAGGAGGAGAACAUGCUCAAGGAAACUCUGGAAUAUAAGAUGUCAUGGUUUGGGUCGAAACCAGCUCCCAAGGGCAGCAUCCGGCCGUCUAUCUCAAACCCUCGGAUACCAUGGUCCUAGAGGGGACUACCCAAGGAUGGAGCUCCAUGGGUUGACACUUUUUCUGUGAAAAGAACACUGACACACCAGUCUGGGUGGGUUUUUAAUCACUGUAACUGCAGUAUUUUGUACAAGCGUCUAAACAUUGUUUACAAGACUAAGGCCCACUUCCCUGCAGGCUGACCUGAACCUCAGGGGGUAGCUGAUCCUGUCAUUCUGGUCACCAAACAGGAGGGUCCUGGCACUACCCAGAUUUCCACAGUGCUGCUAAUAUCCCAGCUCCAGCCAGCACCCCGUCUGCACCUGAAUCCUCUAACUUCACGUUAGCACUUACAGCUGAAGCCAUCAGCAUGCUAUGGGAGGUAGAGACGGCUCUUUGAGAUGGUGCCCGGCAGGCCAAACCCACCUGCCUCUGCCAGGAACAGCCAACUCCAUGGGAACUCUAUGGGAGUGGCUUUUAAAAAUUCAGAUGAGUUAGAAGCUUUUUAUCCCUUCCUCUCAAGAAACUAUUCUUUCACCUUGUCUCUCAAACCACCUAGAACUUUAGAGGAUCCAUCUUUAAGGGCCAGUGUGGAUGAAUGAGGAAUACGCAACUUUCUGACGGUAUCUCCACUUUACUUAAGAAAACUAGCGGCCGGGCACGGUGGCUCAAGCCUGUAAUCCUAGCACUUUGGGAGGCCGAGGUGGGCAGAUCACGAGGUCAGGAGUUCGAGACCAUCCUGGCCAACAUAGUCAAACCCUGUCUCUACUAAAAAUGCAAAAAAAUUAGCCGGGCGUGGUGGCGGGCGCCUGUAGUCCCAGCUACUCGGGAGGCUGAGGCAGGAGAAUGGCGUGAACCUGGGAGGCGGAGCUUGCAGUGAGCCGAGAUGGUGCCACUGCACUCCAGCCUGGGGGACACAGCCAGACUCUGUCUCAAAAAAAAAAAAAGAAAACUGGCAAAUAUAUGAAAAGACCCUUAGUACCAAAUACACUCAAUUGCCUUUUUAAUGAAUGUACUUGUCUUGGAUAGGUUGCUGGUAAACCAUUUUAAACUAUUUUUUAUAGCUGAAGUUCUUCACUACUAUAAACAUGUCUUCUGUACUAUAAAAUCCAUUUAACUGGUGUUCUUAAAAUCAGAGCGUCCAGAGGAAAUUCUUCCUAAAACUAGGAUUCCUGUUCCUUUGUCUUCUCACUCGCACUCUGGCACUGCUCCCUCUGAAGUGCAGUGGGAUCUCGUGUGCUUUGUCUUGAUUCUGUGCCGCGCUACCACUGGGCGAUGCAGAUCACCUGUCUUCUACUGAAGGACAGUCCGCUGUCUCCAGUGGGGGCAGCAGCUGUCCCCCAGCCUUGAUGGAGACAUUGGGGCAGUCUGCCUUGUGUGUGGAGCCACUCUCUCUCCCUCAUCCCACCCCAAAUACUUAAAAGACACUACACCCAGACGGCGCCCAGCUGGCUGCAGCACUUGUAGCAUGCACAUGACUCUGGUAGUAACCAACAAAAACUUGUUUUAUGGAUUCCUCGUUACUGAGGAAAGGGAACAUGCUGGUUCUGGAAAAGCCACAAUAUUGAAUCUAAAAGGAAACCGUUUAUUGUUUGAUGACAGUUUCACUGGUUAAAUAAAAAUCUAAAUUAAUAACUGGAGCUCCUAAAUUUAUUAUCCAUUAUCCAGCGAUGGAAAGUUGUACUUCUCAAUCAUGCUUAGGGCCAAAAUAGGUAUAUAAAAUGUGUCACAGAAAAACACGUAUUUGCAACGUUAACCUAAGGAAAUUUCCAUGAAGAACCAAGCCAGGGCAGCAUCUCCUUAGUCCCAGCUCAGGCUCUCUGCCUUCCAGAGGCCCCUUCUCCAGUGACUAACCUCCUCAUCUGGCUCCUCCUUGCAGACAGUUAUCCCUUGUUUAGAACACGAAUUUCCAUUUACCUGGUGGGAACACGAAACAGGAGUCUCUUCUGUUUUGCAAGUUUGAUGGGUAAGAGGUAGCCUUUUUUCAAAGUAGGAUUUCCUUUUUCAACUGUUCCAGGAAAGAAUCUCAGACUGGGUAGCUCACAGCCAGCCAAAGGCAGCUACAUUUCCACAGAAGCCCGUCCGCUGCCUCCGUGGCUUCUCCAGCCACUGAACUGGUCCCACACGCACCCCAGGCCCCGCUCCUCGGCAGUUUUAGGUGUAGCUGUGGGGCCCAUUCCUAGGUCUGUACUCACUUUAGGAAGGCUUCACUGAUUAGGCUUUUCUCCUGCAUGUUGAAUUUCUUUCAGCUUUAAGAGGAAGAGUGGAGUAAAUAUUCUAAGUGAUUUAAUGCACUUUGACUUGUAUAAAACUUUCUGUGUUAGCGACGGUAUCUAUAGCCCUUUAUACGAGCGAUGGAUCUUGAGCUCUCCUUCCAUGUUGUAAAUAAUAGGGAUUGUAUUCUUGAAAACUGCUGUAGAAAAUUCAUCUGUGGUGCAAUACACUUUUUGAUUAAAGCUCUUCAAUCCAGAUGCAACUACAAUGGAUUUUACUA